AUGUCUCUUCUUCAAAUUGAAUCCUUGACUCCAAAUACUCAUCAACGUGCAAAGGAAAUCAUUGUGAAAGGAUUAAAGGAACGUUUUGGAGAGGAAAAUUUUGAUGAAUCUUUUAAUCCUGAUUUGAAUCAAUUACAAGAAGCGUUUCUCUAUUUUUGUGUUGGAUUUGUCCAUUCAAAAGAUCUUGACACCACUACCACCACCGAAGAGAGAUUGUUGAAUCGAACAGACAUCACCACCAACAACAACAACAACCAAUUAAUAAUGAUUGCAACAGGUGGCCUUUCACUUGAUUUUAACUAUUUCGGAAAUGAAAAUCAAUAUUGUUUUAGAAUUGAACGAGUUUCUGUGUUGAAAGAAUUUAGACGAAGAGGUUAUGCUUCACAAAUAAUUUCACAUUUAAUGAAUGUGGCAAAACAAAUUGCUGUUCCAACAAUCGAACCUACGAUGAGAGAUGAGUCAUCAUCAUCUCGUGUGUUGAAAAAAGUGUGUGAAAAAAUUGAAACCUUGUUGCAACCUCACAAAUUGCUUGUUCGUAAAAUUGUGGUCGAAACAGACACUCCAUGGAUGGAAUCUGUCGAGUUGUAUAAAAAGAUGGGAUUUAUGGAAAUUUGUGAAAAAGAAGGAUGUACACAUUUUGAGCUUGAUUUUUAA